GCAGGUUGAAAUCACAAAAGAUACACGUGUUCUUAAGAGAAAAAGAGGAAAUCUGUGUACUUUAUUGUCGGCUUCCAAAGAUUACUAACUUUUAUCUGUAUCGUUAAAAUUGAACUGCCUUGGCUAUACUGCUGCUCUUACUGCUGCUUCCAUUAUUGCCUUCUUCAGCAAAAUAAGGCUUUCUGAAGCCAAAGAAUAACAAGAGAUAAACACCAUUGUAGAAGCCUUGCCGCUAUGAAACUUAAGCUAAAUGUGCCCACCAUUAUUUUGCUGCCUGUCCACUUGUUAAUAACAAUAUACAGUGCCCUUAUAUUUAUUCCAUGGUAUUUUCUUACCAAUGCCAAGAAGAAAAACGCUAUGGCAAAGAGAAUAAAAGCUAAGCCCACUUCAGACAAACCCGGAAGUCCAUAUCGCUCUGUCACACACUUCGACUCCCUAGCUGUCAUAGACAUUCCUGGGGCAGACACUCUGGAUAAAUUAUUUGAUCAUGCUGUAUCCAAGUUUGGGAAGAAGGACAGCCUUGGGACCAGGGAAAUCCUAAGUGAAGAAAAUGAAAUGCAGCCAAAUGGAAAGGUUUUCAAGAAGUUAAUUCUUGGGACUUACAAAUGGAUGAACUAUCUUGAAGUGAACCUCAGAGUGAAUAACUUUGGUAGUGGACUCACUGCAUUGGGAUUAAAACCAAAGAGCACUAUUGCUAUUUUCUGUGAGACCAGGGCCGAAUGGAUGAUUGCGGCACAGACCUGCUUUAAGUACAACUUUCCUCUUGUGACUUUGUAUGCCACACUUGGCAAAGAAGCUGUAGUUCAUGGGUUAAAUGAAUCUGAGGCUGCCUAUCUGAUUACUAGCGUUGAACUUUUGGAAAGCAAGCUUAAGACUGCAUUAUUAGAUAUCACUUCUGUUAAACAUAUUAUUUAUGUGGACAAUAAGACUAUCAAUAAAACAGAAUACCCUGAAGGAUUCGAGAUCCACAGCAUGCAGUCAGUUGAAGAGUUUGGGGCCAAGCCAGAAAACUCAAGCGUUACUCCAAAUAGACCAACUCCUUCGGACAUGGCUAUCGUCAUGUAUACCAGCGGAUCUACUGGCCGACCUAAGGGAGUGAUGAUGCAUCACAGCAACUUGAUAGCUGGGAUGGCAGGCCAGUGUGAGAGAAUUCCUGGCCUGGGACCAAAGGACACAUAUAUUGGCUACUUGCCUUUGGCUCAUGUCCUAGAAUUGACAGCAGAGAUAUCUUGCUUUACCUAUGGCUGCAGAAUCGGAUAUUCUUCUCCACUUACACUCUCUGACCAGUCCAGCAAAAUUAAAAAAGGAAGUAAAGGAGAUUGUACUGUACUGAAGCCUACACUCAUGGCAGCUGUUCCUGAAAUCAUGGAUAGAAUUUAUAAGAAUGUUAUGAGCAAAGUCCAAGAGAUGAAUUAUAUUCAGAAAACUCUGUUCAAGAUAGGAUAUGACUACAAAUUGGAACAGAUCAAAAAGGGAUAUGAUGCACCACUUUGCAAUCUGAUACUAUUUAAAAAGGUGAAGGCUCUGCUAGGAGGGAAUGUACGUAUGAUGCUGUCUGGUGGCGCCCCGCUGUCUCCUCAGACACACCGAUUCAUGAAUGUCUGCUUCUGUUGCCCAGUUGGUCAGGGUUAUGGAUUGACAGAAUCAUGUGGUGCUGGGGCAGUUACUGAAGUUACUGACUAUACUACUGGCAGAGUUGGAGCCCCUCUCAUUUGCUGUGAAAUUAAGCUAAAAGACUGGCAGGAAGGCGGUUAUACAAUUCACGACAAGCCAAACCCCAGAGGCGAAAUCGUAAUCGGUGGACAAAAUAUCUCCAUGGGAUAUUUUAAAAAUGAAGAGAAAACGGCAGAGGAUUAUUCUGUGGAUGAAAAUGGCCAAAGAUGGUUUUGUACUGGUGAUAUUGGAGAAUUUCAUCCUGAUGGAUGUUUACAGAUUAUCGAUCGUAAGAAAGAUCUGGUGAAGUUGCAAGCAGGAGAAUAUGUAUCUCUUGGGAAAGUGGAAGCUGCACUGAAGAACUGUCCACUUAUUGACAACAUCUGUGCUUUUGCCAAAAGUGACCAGUCCUAUGUGAUUAGUUUUGUGGUUCCUAAUCAGAAAAGGUUGACGCUUUUGGCACAACAGAAAGGGGUGGAAGGAAGUUGGGUUGAUAUCUGCAAUAACCCUGCCAUGGAAGCGGAAAUACUGAAAGAAAUUAGAGAAGCUGCAAAUGCCAUGAAAUUGGAGCGAUUUGAAAUUCCAAUCAAGGUUCGAUUAAGCCCAGAGCCAUGGACCCCUGAAACUGGUUUGGUUACCGACGCUUUCAAACUGAAAAGGAAGGAACUGAAGAACCAUUACCUCAAAGACAUUGAGCGAAUGUAUGGGGGCAAAUAAAAUGCUGCUCUCUUAUUUACAGUUGUGCAGGAGGUUGCCUGGUGGUUUUUAGCUGUCUGUUAGAAUGUAAUGUAUAUCAUUCUAAAGACAUGGUAGUAACAAAUACCAAAAGUGAUUAAAGUAAUUGUCUAUAAUUGUUGUCUACUUUAACUUAGUUUUGCAUAGUUCUAGUGAAGCUGAAAUUGAAUAGUUAUUUCCCUUUAGCUGUGUUUUUAAUUUUAGAGCAAAAAACCUGUUUUUAAAAAUUAGCCCAAGAUGAACUUGUUUUUAUAAGAAAAAUAUUUAAUGUUGAACAAAAAAAAAUUGGAGUUGGAGUAGAAUGUAGUUUGAGGAAAUUUGCAGCUUCCCAUGUCUAUUGUCUUCCUAGUUCAGAACAAGCUUAAAUAUUAAGCAUGACAGUAUGUAUUAACACUACUCGAAGCAAAACUGCUAAGGCCUUUAAAAUUAUCUUCCAACCAUUUAUCUUGAAGGGAAAAAUUCAAUCAUUAUAUACAGAAUCAAAUAAUACCUUAGAAACCAUUUUAGAAUUCAUAAUUGCUGCAUAGGUUAGACAUGGAAUCAUUGUAAUGUGAAUAAUUACAGUGCCUGAAGUAAGAAUAAAACAACAUAAACAAACCAAAAAAUAUCUAGUAAAAUAUGUAAAGGGAAAUUGAACCGCUUUUGUGAACUUGGAGGUCUAAAGUCAGUAACUGUAAUUAUUUCAAUGACUUAAAAGUAUUUAAGUACAUUUGAAAAAAUGCUGAAAAUUGCCUUUCUUUUUUCAAAACUUAAGACCGAGACCAAGAGUAAAAUGAUAUGAAGUUAAUCAAAUUUUAACAGGAAGCAUUUUCUGUGUUAGAAAAGGUGAGGAAGUCAUAAAUGUUUGGAAUUAUGACCCUUACACAGGAUAUAGACUCUGAAUUUACCUUUGAUAACAGGGAUUGUUUUAAAAUGUACUCGUAUUAAAUUAUACCUGUAAUUUAAGGUUUGUUGAUUUGACUCUUGAGCAAUAGUUUAUGUUCCAGAAAGCCUUUAAUUUUGCUUUAUUUCGCAAAGCAGAUUAUGAUGAAUUACUUCUUCAAUAUCUUGUUUGAAUCUAUGAAUGAUGAACUAACUUGGAUGAGUUUUGGGAAGUUAAAGGGAAGAGAACACUGUUACCACUUUUUUCCUGUUUGUGAGAAGAGUUUAGAAACUGGAACUGCUAGAUUCAGGAGAAAGGAAGUUACUCAAUUAGGGACUGAUAUUUGUGCAGUAUCUUGGUGUGUGGGCUUCUUUUUGAAUCCUUAAUUAAACAGGGAUUAUAUAUCCCUGAUAAAUAUUCACACUUGAACCAUAGUUACUGUAAAAAGCAAAAAUACUUAAUACUGUUACUCUUCGCACUUUUUCUUUAUCUAUCUAUAUAUUUGUGUGUAUACACACACUCAGACACACACACAUAUAUGUGUAUAUAUAUAUGUUGCUUAUAUUGCUUUGUACGGAUGUGGGCCACCACUGCAACAAAAUACAUUCUUUUUGCUCUAAAGUAUUUAUAAGGAAAUAUUUAAAUGUUAUGUAUAUGGUGGUAAAAAGGAAAAAAACAUCUGGUGUUAUAAGCAAGAAUGAAGGGUUUUGUAAAGAUUUCUGUUCAGUGUUGUGCAGUGUAAAAUUUGAGGCAAGUUCUCCUUGCAAUUAUGUAUAUGUGGGUAUUCUCAUUCUUCCCAACUUGCCUUUGAAGAGUGAAGAACCAUUGUUAUCAAGUAGACUACUAUUCAGCUUCUACUGUUCCUGGCCCACUGUUGGUCCUUUAAGGAUGAUUUCCUUAGACUUUUUCAGUAUGUGAUAUUUCUUCCCAUUUGGAAUGGUGAUUUUAAAUGUGCGAGUGCAUGCAUAUUCAGAUAUUCGCACCCCCACCCACUCCCAUCUCCCAAAAGCUAGAACACUGCCAACUAAUCUGUUAUAUAGGUCCUUUAGAAACACAUGAUUAACACUUAAGGUUGGGUGCUGCUAAUUCUUUGCGAAAAUCCAAAUAUUAUUAAGGGACCAGGGAGAUGCCACUACCCCCUGAUUUUUGAUUAGGAAAUAUACAUGUCUGUGUAAACAGAGCAUUCCAUAUUCAUAGUGACUUUUCAAGUAUUUGAGCCUAAAGGUUUUGAUCGUACAUUUUUAUACCUGUUUAAAUCAUUUGUUGUGGUUAUUUCGUGUCAGCCAUUCAAAUAAAGUUGUAUUUUUAAAAUGUACUACAGUUAUAUACAUUUCUAAGUUGAACACGUGACUUGCUUUAAUUACAUGAAAGCAUCUUGCCUCCUUGAUAUAUGUAUUGAUUUUUUUUUGUAGAGUGGAGGUAUAAUUGUAUGGCUUUUCAGAACUGACACAGAUAAAUGAUUCAAAAAGUCAAGCCAAGGAGAGUAGUGUUUCUUUGAUCAUAAAGACUGAUCAAUAAUCCUCAUCUAUAUUUUCCUGAUAGUAUAUGACAAAUGUUUCUGAGAUAAGAAGAAAACAGGUUAAAGUUGUGUGGUAUUUGGGAUUUGAAGUGAUCUAUUUUAAUUUUGAAAUGUAGUUACAAAUUAGAAUGUAUCCCUAUUUGUAUUUUCUGUUAAAAUGCACGAUUGUAGGAUUGUUACUUAGAUGUUUGUGUUUAUUCUUGAUGAAAAGCUUUGUUCUUGUUUUUAAGUUUGCACUCGAAUCUUAUAAAAUAAAUUCACCCAUGUUAUCAGUU